UUCCUCGAUAUAUACGAAACCAACUGAAGCAACAAACUCAGAAAGCAAAACUUCAUUUUUUUUCUCUUUCGCUUUCUCUGGAAAAAUCAUCGUCGUCGUUUUUCCAUUGUCAUUGUCGUUUAUAUUGUUUCAGUUUUCAUGGAAAGAGUUGUUGGUGGAAAGUAUAGAAUUGGUCGGAAAAUUGGUAGUGGAUCAUUUGGUGAAAUUUAUAUUGGGGCACAUAUUGUGACUUCUGAGCUUGUUGCCAUUAAGAAGGAGAGCAAGAAAACCAAACAACCACAGCUACUAUAUGAGGCAAAGUUAUAUAAUAUUCUUAAAGGAGGAAGUGGUAUUCCAAGAAUGAAAUGGUUUGGUACUGAUGGAGACUAUAAUGUUCUAGUUCUUGAACUUAUGGGACCGAGUCUCGAUGACCUCCUUUACUACUGUAGUGGCAAGUUUUCGCUAAAAUCGGUUUUGAUGUUGGCUGAUCAGAUGCUUACGAGGAUAGAGUUUCUACAUUCGAAGGGAUUACUGCACAGAGAUAUCAAACCAGAUAACUUCCUCAUGGGUCUUGGGAAGAAAGCAACUCAGGUUUGUAUGAUUGAUUUUGGACUUUCAAAAGGAUAUAGGGAUCCUAUCAGUUACAAGCAUAUCCCUUACAGAGAGAACAAAAACUUAACAGGAACAGCGCGUUAUGCAAGUUGCAAUACUCAUAAAGGAAUUGAGCAAAGUCGCAGAGAUGAUUUGGAGUCUCUUGGCUAUGUUCUUUUGUACUUUUUAAGAGGAAGCCUUCCUUGGCAGGGUCUGCAAGCUGCCACCAGAAUGCAAAAAUAUGAAAAAAUUUGCAAUAUGAAGUUCUCAACUCGUGUUGAGGUACUUUGCAAGUCAUAUCCCGUGGAGUUUGCGUCUUACUUUCAUUAUUGCCGCUCCUUGUCAUUUGAUCAACGACCAGAUUAUGGAUAUUUGAAGCGACUGUUUCGUGAAUUGUUCACUUCUAAAGGAUAUGAGGCUGACUAUUUAUAUGACUGGACGAUUUUAAAAUAUCAGGAGAUUCAACAGGCAAAGGAACAAAAUCUAUCAAUUGCUCCAGUUGCUAUGCCUACCAGUCUUGAGCCAGUGGAUGUGGAUGAGCAUACAGAAGUCAAUGAUUGUACUCAAAAUGCUGUGGCAAAACCAACAAUCUAUACCGAUCGCCCGCGUGUUUGUAUGAAGCUCAGGGUAGCUGUUGAAAAUACCGAUCUUGAUGAUGAGAUUGAAACAGAUAAACAGAAUGUGAAUACUAGUUUACCUAUUUCCACUGUCACGCCUAUAGUGUCUACAGAAAAUGUCGCAAAACCAGAAAGCACUGUAGAAGUCUCAAACCCGGAUGGCGUGUUAGGGAGUAAAUGUGGUGUUCCAGAUGAUGUUGUUCCUUCACUACGCCGAGUUUCAUCCAUCAAUUAGAAGUGUUGGGUGCAGAAAUUUGAAAUAUUCAGGAUGAAAAAAUUCGCUUUGUUAUGAAGCUUCAUUGAGCCUAAGGAGAAGCAUGAUUUGAAGUUGAUCAAAGUGUUUUGACCUGUUUUUUAAGAGAUCUCGGUUGAGGGCUCUAAGUGCACUACUGAUGGUGUAUAAGAAACUCCAAGAAAGUUGAAGGAAGUUCUGAAGUUGAUUGACUUGCCAGUCGCCAAUUUUCGAAGAAACUGCUGCUUAUUCGAAAUUGGAAGACAGUUACCAACCGUUACAAAAGCAACAGAAUAAAAAAUUGCCAAGGCAUUAGUUUCUUUUAGUUAUAGUUUGAAUUAAAAUCUUGUUAGAUAAUAGAUAUACCUAGACAGUUGCUACAUUGCUUGGAAAAUAUGUGUUAGGCUCUUAAACAUGGUAGUUAAUUACUUAAUUAUCUUAUAAAUUCUAGUAUCAGAUAUAUAAUAGGGGCUGAAGUUCUCACACUAAUAACCUCACAUGCCUACCAUAGGUUAUGUACUUUGAAUUUUUUUCAAUCAUUUCCUCGUAUUUUUUUUAUGACAGUGUUAGGAUUAGUUGGAGUUUAUCAUAGGUAGUUGCAAGUUGGUUAGGACUAGUUGAAAGUUUGUGAAGAUUAGUAAACUUAGUUAGGAUCAUUGUAUAAAGUGUACCUUACACUUAUUGUAAUCAACUUUUCUCAUUGUAUCAAUUCGAAAUAAUCAAUCUUUCUCUCAA